GUUUGCAAUGGAUAUGCGGAAUUAUGUAACAGGACCUAUUCCGAAGUAGCGUUUGCUGCAACACAUAACUCAUAUGCAUAUAGUGUCAAUCCUGCAUCAAAUCAAUACUAUGACAUUCCAACACAGUUAAAGGAUGGAUCUGAUAUUGAACUUUGUCAUACGGACUGUAGAAUAUUGGAUGCAGGAACUGCUGCAAAUACUUUGAAAAUCUUUACAAGUUAUUUACAAGAUAAUCCGAAUGAAAUAAUUACAAUAUUUUGGGAAAAUUCUGAUAAUAUAGAUCCACUUCGAUACAAAGAUGAGUAUGAUAAAGCGAAUCUGACUCAGUACUGCUUCACACAAUCUGUUGGUGAACCAUGGCCUACUUUGUCUACUAUUAUCCAAUCUGGAAAACGGGUUAUUAACUUUAUGGACAAGAAUACUAAUAAUAAUACCGUUCCAUGGUUAAUGCCCGAAUAUUCUUACGUAUUUGAAACACCAUUUCAAAACUCUGAUCCUAAUGCAUGGCAAUGUACCGUUGACCGACCAAAAGACCAACCUCAACAAAUGUAUUUGUUGAAUCAUUUCCUAUAUACUGUCUUAUUCGGUGGUAUGGUCGAAGGUCCCAACCCUCAAAAUGCCGCGUCAACUAAUAGUGAAAAUCUUGCUAAGCAUGCUCAAAACU